AUGGAAUCGAUUGAUAAGGCAGAGGAACUUGAAAUAAACCAAGAUGAUUAUUCUGCUUUACUUUACAGCAUCGAUAGCGAACAUGAAGUUGUUGUUGAGGAAGCUAUUGAACUUAAUCUUGAACAAUUAGAGGAAUUAUUAUCAGAAAAUUUUGAGUUAGAAUGUUUGCCAUCUGCAAUUCCUACACUGAUUGCCGAAAAUAAGUUUAGUAAAAACAAGGAAACUGUAGAGCCAGCGGUAUUUCAAUUUAUAUGUCCAAAAUGUCAAAAUAAAUAUCUUAGACAAUCUAAUUUCAAAAAACACGAGCAGAAAUGUCACGUUGGCAAUGAAGGUUUUUCUUCAGAACUUCUAUUACUUGAACUCAGACAUGAUUUGCAUGGAAAUUCAAAUAGAUUUUUUGAAAAAAGUUUAAAAGAAGCUUUAAUUGACGAGGCUUUUACUAUUGAAGUUGAAGACUUUAAAACACCUGGAAACUAUGCAGCUGAGUUAUCCUUAUAUUUUCAGAUUACUAAUGGGUUUGAUCUUUUGUAUUCAUUUGUGUUAAAGACUUGGUUUCAAAUUGCUCUUGAUUGGAGAAACCAAGUGUUAUUGAAAGUAAAUGAAAAAGAACUAGACCUAAAGUUAACGUUAGAAGAAGAGAAAACUUUGCGCUAUGUAGCUGGGUUUAUACCAUUUUCAUUCCGAAAAAGAUAUUCUAAUAUUAGCAAUACAAAUUUGAGAAAAGCUGUCUUAGACCUGGUUAAGUCAUGGGAAUCUCAAUCUGACAAUAAAUCGUUAAAUAAAACAUUUUUAGAUUACACUAGAGAUUGGACUAUUAAAAUAAAUCGAGGUGGGCUUUUUUUAGUUAAUGAUGAUUUCUAUAUAUUUAUUAGAAGACUUGAAAAUGUUGCAAGAACAGUAUUAAAUUUGAAUCUAAUUGUUAAAUAUAAAGGGGAAGAUCUUCGAGAUGUGAUAAUGAAAAAAUUUCAAACAAGUUCUCUUAUUGAUUUUAGCUGGGAAUCUCUUACAAAAAAUGCGAAAUCUCAACAUUUAAAGUCUUUAUUAAAAGAUAUUAUUCUUAGAAAGUGGAUGAGCAUUCGAAUACGAUCAUUUGUGAAAUCCUGGAUUAGAGUCAUUAAUAGAAAAAAUGGAAAAUAGGAAAUGAAAAAGGAGAACCAGCAUUAAGAAAAGCUUUAUGUAUGAAAAAUCUCGAAAAAUGAUUUGUUUAUUUAUUUUUAUUAAAUCUUAAUCAUAAGUGACUGAAGAUUAAUCAAUCCACUGAUUUAAUUAUUAUUAUAUUGAAGUUAAACUUUGCAUAACAUUUUGUAAAUAUUAUUGUGGUAUUGUAAUAUAAAGUUGAUUUCAA